AUGGAGUCAAAGGGGACGAGGCUGUCGACGCAUCAUAGAAUCAUAGAGACUGGCGCAGCUUAGAAGUUCUGUCAGCCUUGUGGCGGAACCAAAUUCAUGCGCAGCCUGAUCGCGAACAACGACAGUUGCAUCGAUAAAACGGAAUAUCUCAGCAGUGUUACGGGUUACGGAAUUGCAAUUAGAGCGGAUAUAUAAUUGACGCAUUGCCUCUUCAUCAAGACCGCGAUAGAACAUAACGGCAUCAUGGCUACCAACGUAGCUCUUGAAACCACCAUGGGCACAAUCGUAGUCGAGCUCUACGCCGACCACGCCCCCAAAACAUGCCAAAACUUCUCCACCCUCGCCCAACGCGGGUACUACAACAACCUGCUCAUCCACCGCAUCAUCCCCAACUUCAUGAUCCAAACCGGCGACCCCACCGGCACGGGCCGGGGCGGCUCCUCCAUCUACGGCGAGAAGUUCGCGGACGAGAUCUCCCCCGAGCUCAAACACACCGGCGCUGGCAUCCUCAGCAUGGCGAAUUCGGGGAAGGAUACGAACGGGAGCCAGUUCUUUAUUACGCUGGCGCCGACGCCCUGGUUGGAUGGGAAGCAUACGAUUUUUGGGAGGGUGACGAGGGGGUUGGGGGUCCUCAAGAGGAUGGGGUUGGUGAAGACGGGGGGGAGGAUAGGCCGGUGGAGGAGGUGA